AUGCGGCGCGGCUUCGGUGGCGAGCAUCAGAUGCUCAGGCGCGACGUCAAGCAAAAGAAGCAAAAGAAGUCGGCGGCGGACGUCUUGCGCACGCUGGCAGAGAAGGCCAAGUCUCAGCUGCAGGACUUGGGCCCUGUGGGCCUCACGCAGCUUCUGCACGCCUGCGCCAGGCUGCCACCAUUGCGGAAGCAUGGCAUGGUCGAGGGCAUCUUGGAGCGGGCCCAUGACAAGCUGGACACCUUUCCAGCCCAGUCCUUGAGUCUGUUGGUCCAUGCCUGCGCGCGGAUGCAGCAGAAAGAUGUGCCCUUGUUAACCAAAGCCGCGAAGUGCAUCGCGCCGCUGCUCCCGGAAUUCACGGCUCAGGCCUUGGCCAUGACAGCGUACAGCUUUGCAAAGAUCGAAGUGCGCUCGGAGAUCUUGUUUUACCUCCUGGCCGAGCAGAUCAUCCAGAAGAUGCCCCUCUUCUCAGGCCAGGGCGUGGGCCUGGCGCUGCAGGCCUACGGCAAGCUGCAGAUCGACAACAAGAAGUUGGUGCAAGCCUGCCGGAAACAUGUCCGCGCCCUUUCCGACGAGCUGACUCUGUGGGAGGUGGAUGCCAUCGAGCAAGGCUUUGAGAAGCUGAAUGCGCUGGGACCUCGGAACUUGAGCCCGACGGAGUCUUCGGAACGAAAAAUUUGGGCGAGGUGGCAAAGGCUCAGAGAUGUGCCCUAG